AUGAUGUCUCCAAAACCAAUCGGCGACGAUCGAGGCUCUGCCAAUUUUAGGCACACUCCCUUGCAGAUAAUACACGUAAUUGGCAACUUUUUGAGAAUAUGGUCGGUCUACUCCAUGUACCGCUAUUUGAUUCAGACUGGAUCAUCUGUGGGCCUUUUCAUAUUUUGCUGUCUUCUUCCAUCAUCAUUGUUGUUUCUGGCUAUGCAAAAACCUUGGAAGGGAAGGCCUCUCUCUAAUCAACAGGUUGUGCCUUCGAUCAUCAAUGGUGUCAUAACAGCUUUGUAUUUCAGCAUGUGGGGAAAGGGCCUCAAGUCAUGUGGGCCAGUGCGAACCAUCUUGGCAGAGUAUGCAGGUGCUGUUCUUGGUGUAUUGUCAGCAGCAUUGUAUGGACAGGGUAAACACUUAUGGAAAAAGGUUGGAGGACUUGUUGCAAUGAUGCUUUCUUUCUACUUGCUAUCUCGAGGGUGGGCCAUGGGCACACAUUCACCUUUUGAUAUCCUUGGCUGCUCAAAACUUAACUUGAAAUUACGAUCCAAAGAAAACCUUGAUGCAGAAGCUCAUCCAGAAGAAAUCUUGGGUAUGAAAGACAUGAUAGUUCCAAUUAUUGCUGGAAUCUUAUCAGCUUUAAGAAGGGUGAUUGCACGACGUGUUUCACUCAAGAAUCAACUGAAAAGAAGGCUGCAUGCUAUAACCAUCACCUCUGCAACAUGUUUUCUUUUUCCCGUGGCUAUGUGGGACUUCAUAACAGGAUCAACUUCUGAUAGCACAAGUCAACUUCCAUUUUCUGCUUGGGCAUUUGGGAGCUUUAUUCUUUUCGGAGUUAUCUUGGUAUUCUAUGUUGACAGCAUUGCAGAAGAAAGGUUGCAUAUGGUUUUCUCUUCUCCAAGGCACUUAAUGGUGGCUGGAGGUUGUAUGAUCAUCCUAGAGAUUUUCUAUCAGAUGGACUUCUCUCUGCCGGGGUACUUACUUUGCUGCAUAAUUCUGGGUUUUGGGAUCUACGAGGCAACAGCUUUGGAACGUAGUAAGAAGGGAACUCAACACUUUGAUUCGUCAGAAGAAAUGUUGGACGACAUGAAGUCCCCUCUCCCAAGUUGA